GGUUUACACCCAGUGUGCCUGGUGGGCUGUGCCCAGGUUCAGAGUCAUGCCACUCUGUGGGUGAAGCUUGAGGCAAUAAUGGAACCACUUCAGCAGCAGCAGCAGCAGCAGCAGCAGCAGCAGCAGCAGCAGCAACAGAAGCAGCCACACCUGGCUCCUCUGCAGAUGGAUGCCAGAGAGAAGCAGGGCCAGCAGAUGAGAGAAGCCCAGUUCUUGUAUGCCCAAAAGCUGGUCACACAGCCGACUCUCCUUUCCGCCACACCUGGGAGGCCUUCUGGCAGCACUCCCUUAGGUCCCUUAGCCAGAGUUCCACCCACCACAGCAGUGGCCCAAGUCUUUGAACGGGGCAACGUGAACUCAGAGCCUGAGGAAGAGGAUGGAGGUUUGGAAGAUGAGGAUGGGGAUGAUGAAGUUUCGGAGGUGGCUGAGAAAGAAACCCAGGCUGCUUCAAAAUAUUUUCAUGUGCAGAAAGUAGCUUGCCAAGAUCCCAGAGUGGCACCCAUGUCUAAUCUACUUCCAGCACCAGGGCUGCCACCACAUGGACAACAAGCUAAAGAAGACCAUACCAAAGAUGCUUCCAAGGCCCCACCUUCUGUCUCCACAGCAGGGCAGCCAAAUUGGAAUCUGGAUGAGCAGCUCAAGCAGAAUGGUGGUUUGGCCUGGAGUGAUGAUGCAGAUGGAGGCCGGGGAAGAGAGAUCUCUCGAGAUUUUGCCAAGCUGUAUGAACUGGACGGUGAUCCUGAAAGGAAAGAGUUCCUGGAUGACCUCUUCGUCUUUAUGCAGAAGAGGGGGACCCCCAUCAACCGAAUCCCCAUCAUGGCCAAGCAGAUCCUAGACCUGUACAUGCUGUAUAAGCUGGUGACCGAGAAGGGGGGCCUGGUGGAGAUCAUCAACAAGAAGAUCUGGAGGGAGAUCACCAAAGGCCUGAACCUGCCCACAUCCAUCACCAGUGCCGCCUUCACCCUCAGGACCCAGUACAUGAAGUAUCUGUAUGCCUAUGAAUGUGAGAAGAAAGCCUUGAGUUCCCCAGCCGAGCUCCAGGCAGCCAUUGAUGGCAACCGCAGGGAGGGCCGGCGGCCCAGCUACAGCUCCUCCCUCUUUGGCUACUCACCUGCUGCGGCUACUGCUGCUGCUGCUGCUGCCGGGGCCCCUGCCCUCCUCUCCCCACCCAAGAUCCGCUUUCCCAUCCUUGGGCUUGGCUCCAGCAGUGGCAGCAAUACCAGUAGCCCUCGGAUAUCCCCAGCAACCACUCUCAGGAAAGGUGAUGGAGCCCCAGUGACAACAGUGCCUGUGCCAAAUCGCCUGGCUGUGCCCGUGACCUUGGCAAACCAGCAGGCUGGUACUCGGACCGCCGCGCUGGAGCAGCUGAGGGAGCGGCUGGAGUCAGGGGAGCCUGCUGAGAAGAAGGCGUCGAGGCUGUCCGAGGAGGAGCAGCGCCUGGUGCAGCAGGCCUUCCAGCGCAACUUUUUCACCAUGGCACGACAGCUCCCCAUGAAGAUUAGGAUCAACGGCAGGGCAGAAGACAGAGCAGAGGCCUCGGCUGCAGCACUGAACCUGACCACGAGUAGCAUUGGGAGCAUUAACAUGUCCGUGGACAUCGAUGGUACCACCUACGCAGGUGUGCUGUUUGCCCAGAAGCCUGUGGUCCACCUCAUCGCGGGGUCUGCUCCCCAGAGCCUCGGCAGCAGCGCCAGCAGCAGCAGCAGCUCUCACUGCUCACCAAGUCCUACCUCAUCCCGGGGCACCCCCAGCGCAGAGCCCUCCACCAGCUGGUCCCUCUGAUGGGCAGGACCCAGCUUCCCGCUUGCCACUCUCCUGUCAAGAGUGAAGGAAGCUGAUGCACAGAAUUUACCUCAUCUCACGGAGCCCACGUCGACGAGCACCAUUUGGCCAGACAUUGAGAGUUUGGAUGUGCCCGUCUGUCCAGGUUCCAUUCAGGUCCUGCUGUACUCUGGGGGCAGGGAGAGGCUAGAGGGGCAGGACAGACAGCGUUGUCCAAUCAGGGAUUGUCCUGGAGAACUGGGUGGGGGUCUGUGGGUGUCCAGCUUCCUCCAGGGUUCCCCAGCCACCUCCCAGCUCGGGGCACAGUGUAUUGACAAUCUGUCAGCCGACACAGGGCUGGAGGCCCUCCAUUUCCCUUCCCCUUUAAUUUAUUUCCCUGCCCCUGCCUUCUGCCAUGACCCCAGGGCCACUAGUCUCUUCCCCUGUUUUUAAGUCCCAUGUGGGGCUGCUAGGAGCCAAGAGCAUGCCUUCAUG